GCGUAUAUCUUACGCAUGGACCACCCCACAUGUACAUACCUUUCUAAGCAUAUCAGAUCAGUUCCAUUGCAAAUGACGAAGUACCCUAAUCCUUUUCCUACCUUCACUUCACCUACAUAAAUCUGCUUACCUCUCCCGCCUACCUACUUUACUCUUUUAAAUCCACAAUCACGCAAAGCAAACAUUUGAUAUCGAUCAAACGAGAAAAUGGCAGCAAAAUUUGAGCCCAAGGCUCCUGUGAACCUAGACCCUCCUAAGAAUGAUAUUAUCUCUGUCGAGGAAUUAGCAAAAGCCGAUGGUACCGAGGGACAAAAGGCUUAUGUGGCAAUCAAGGGCAAAGUCUACGAUGUCAGUGGCAAUAAAGCAUAUCGGGAAGGGGGUUCAUACCAUGUCUUCGCCGGGAAGGACGCUUCUCGUGCGUUGGCGAAGACGUCAACGAAGGCAGAAGAUGUAAAGCCAGAGUGGCAGGAUUUGGGUGACAAAGAAAAGCAAACAUUGGACGACUGGAAUACCUUCUUCUCAAAGCGUUAUAACGUUGUCGGUGUCGUUCAAGGUGCAACCAACCAGGAAUAGUUGGCAUGCUAGUGUACAUACGUGUGUUGGCGCGCAUUAUCGGGCUCUAGCAACAUUCACUCAUCGAAAGUCAUGAGGGUUUCCUGAAUAAUCUUGGGUACCAAACCGCGGUAAUGGGACAUUGGCCUAAAUCGAUCCGCUCAACCUUAUAGGACCGAUGUGGAAACACGGCCGAAUACCAUACGCAUCAAUACACCCAUGACCGACAGUGAAUACAGAAAAUCCUGCCUCACUUAAGGCCAGAUACCUAGGUACCCAUUAAUUAGGCUACUAACUUUCAAGCAAGAAUAGAGGCUAGUCUUCGUCUUGAAGGUUCUCUAGAUGUCAUACAGAAAUAAAUUACCUAGGCCCAGAAGACUUUUCACGACUCCUAAGCGUAAAGACAUGUCCAAAUUGCCCU